AUGUCGCUUCUACCAGGCUUUGUCACGCGACCAGCCGGCCAAUGGCUCGACUCAGCUCGCGGCGCCGUUGGAGGCGUCACCUGGGGCCCGAGUCUGAAGGCUGCCAAGUGGGCUGUCCACUCACUCUUCAGUAACGUUGAGGUUGGCACCCUGAUUGUGCUGGACGAGGCCGACGGGACCAGCCAGGUCUACGGCGGGAAACCCAGCGGCUUCAAGGUGCCUGGCAAACCGGUCAGCGGCAGCGACAAGCUGGCCGGUGCUCUUCAGGUUGAAUUGGUUGUGAAGGAGAGCGCCUUCUGGAUGCGCCUUGUCCUGUUCGCAGACAUGGGCUUCGCCGAGUCGUACAUGCUGGGUGAGGUGGAGUGUAACGACCUGACAGCUUUCUUCCAGCUCUUCAUCGCAAAUCGAGAACAACUCGGCAACGGAACCACGGUCCUGUCCGCCUUCUCCAGCUUAGCUUCGACGUUGGCGCGGAGGACCAACACAAUGUCCAACGCCCUGCUCAACAUCCAGGCCCACUACGAUAUCAGUAACGAGAUGUUCGCGGCAUUUCUCUCUCCCGACAUGACAUAUUCCUGUCCUGUCUGGAAGCGCAGUCAUCCAGAUGCGCCGGAGGAGACGCUGGAGGAGGCACAGAUGAGAAAGCUGCAGAGGUUUGUAGAUGGCGCGCACAUCAAGUCAACCGACCACAUCCUGGAGAUCGGGACUGGGUGGGGCUCUUUUGCGAUAUUGGCCGUUCAGAAGACUGGCUGCCGAGUCACCAGUCUGACCCUGUCGAAGGAACAGAAAGUGCUUGCAGAGAAAAGGAUCGCCGAUGCCGGACUGAGCAACCGAAUUGACGUACUUCUGAUGGACUACCGAGCCUUGCCUGUGCCUCAACGGCCGUACGACAAGAUCGUCUCUAUCGAGAUGUUGGAGGCGGUCGGAAGGGAGUUCCUGGGCACUUACUUUGCGUGUAUCGACCGGUUGCUGAAGAAGGAUGGUGGUAUCGCGGUCUUCCAGUGCAUCACAAUGCCUGAAGGGCGCUAUGAGGCGUAUUCCAAGAGUGAAGAUUUCAUCAAUCAUUACAUCUUCCCGGGCGGCCAUCUGCCAUCCAUCUCGCAGUUAAUAAAUCAUAUCAGCACCGAGUCAAAGGGAACCCUGAUUGUUGAGCAAGUGGAGAACAUCGGUGGUCACUACGCCAAGACUUUGAGACUCUGGCGGGAAAGCUUCAUGAAUAAUUUCGAGGCCAAGAUCAAACCGGCGCUCCUCGAGAAGCGCGGUUAUAUGACGGACGUAGAGGUUUCAGUCUUCAGGAGGAAGUGGGAGUACUACUUCACAUACUGUGAAGCUGGCUUCCUUAGUAAGACUUUGGGGGACGUGAUCAUUACGGUUGGUCGAGAAGGCGCACUGGAGCUGAUGGAGGGCAUUCCAACAUGA